CUUCCGGGUCACGGCGGCGGAGUUUUAACAGCCACUUUCCAAACGCAGGGCGAAUUAUUAAUUGAGAGGGGGAUUCGCCGCGCUGUCUCCGGGACCACCUCGGGGAAAAGUAGGAAAAAGGGACCGGGGGUCGCUGCCGCGACGCCGCGGGCGGGGCGGAGCUGCGUUCCCUUCCGGGGCACCGCCGGCCAUUUUGUGGCGUUAAGCCGCGCGCGCGGGCGGUUCCCCCUCAUUUCCUCGUCGCGGCGGGACGGGGCGGCCGCUCCUGGCGCUUCGCUCCGGCCUCGGGCCGCCCCUCGGACCCUGAGGUUUAUUCUCUUCGGCCGCCGCCGCCCCUCAGGGGCUUCUGCCCACCAUGAGCUACGGCCGCCCGCCUCCCGAUGUGGAGGGCAUGACGUCCCUCAAGGUGGACAACCUGACCUACCGCACCUCCCCGGACACCCUCCGGAGGGUCUUUGAGAAGUACGGCCGCGUGGGCGACGUCUACAUCCCCCGGGACCGCUACACCAAGGAGAGCCGCGGCUUCGCCUUCGUGCGCUUCCACGACAAGCGGGACGCGGAGGACGCGAUGGACGCGAUGGACGGGGCGGUGCUGGACGGCCGGGAGCUCCGCGUGCAGAUGGCCCGCUACGGCCGCCCGCCCGACUCGCACCACAGCCGCCGCGGGCCGCCGCCCCGCCGGUACAGCAGCAGCGGCUACGGCCGCCGCAGCCGCAGCCCUAGAAGACGCCGUCGCAGCCGAUCUAGGAGCAGGAGCCGCUCUAGGUCUCGCAGUCGGUCCCGCUACAGUCGAUCCAAAUCCCGGUCUCGCACACGUUCUCGGUCUCGCUCCACCUCCAAGUCCAGAUCUGCCAGGAGAUCCAAGUCAAAGUCGUCAUCUGUCUCCAGAUCCCGGUCCAGGUCAAGAUCCCGGUCCAGAUCUAGAAGCCCACCCCCUGCCUCAAAGAGGGAAUCCAACUCUAGAUCCAGGUCUAAGAGCCCUCCCAAGUCUCCGGAAGAAGAAGGAGCUGUAUCCUCCUAGGAAUAUGGUAAUGUACCUCGGGAUCAGUAUAGGAUGCAUGUUACUUUAUUAUAGCACUUAGGCGGGGUGUUGGGUAGUUCUUGGAACAUUAAUAGCCUGAACCAAGAGAAUCCUAGUGGGGCACAUUGUUAGUUGUUGGUUUUGGUAUUUCUUUUCUUGAGCAGUGGUUUUUUGGUUAUUGAUUUAGGGAAAUAAUUACUGAAGGGUUUUCUACAGAGAAAUAUUUUUUUUUUAAACAGAGAAAAUGUUUUAUUGCAAGAUUAAUGCCUUGGUUUUAAUAAAAUAUUGUAUGAGACGCAACCUAUGAUGAAAAUGACUAUUUCUUACUGUAUUUAUCCAACAUCUGCAUUUUCCCCUUUAAAGCUGCGGUCUCCUGUUUGCUAAAAGAAUAUUGGCCAGUAUUGCAGAUUUUAACUGAUUUGGCUGAUCCUCCAGGGACCAGUUUCUGUGGGCGUGUGUUGGAGCAGGUUUGUCUUACACUGUUAAAGAUACACUAUCCUUUUAGAACGGAAGAUCGGUUCAGUGGCCGUUAUACUGACUGGAGGUAAUAACUGUCCUAGAAAAGUGGUAAAUUCCUUGCAACGAGAAAACCACGGAAACUUAGUUUUUCCUCGACAUCUUGAAGAGGCAUCUAAGGAUACACCGGGUGGGGAAAGGAUAGUGUGUCUUUAACCCUUCAAACUGUUUGGUCCUGUUUUUUAAAAGGAAAGGGCCUGAGCUAGCUCUGGAGUUAGAUAAUUGUAGCAAAAUUAGUCACAUUUCCGGUUUUGAAUGCUAAUUAGAGCUUAGUUAAGUCUUUAUGAAGAAGUAUUAAGUUUUGUAACUUUUAUAGAACUCUGAAUAAUCGAGUGGUGAACAGGCUGAAUUGAAGUUAAUGGUGGCUUGAUCUACAGCCUGGUGCUUACUCUGCUUUGUAACUAAAUAUUUUGACUGAACUUUACAUUUGGCCUCUGAAGUAAAGCAACACACGGGGGGGGAGGUGGAACACUAUGGAAAUUCCUAAAGCUUAAUUAAAUUAGGCAAAGCCAGUUGAAACACAACUAGAAGUAUCCCUGAAGUCGUCUACACCCAAAAUAGACAAAGUAGAAACCUGGCUGAACUUUUCUCUCUUCAAACCUAGAUGCUUCAGCUAAAAGAGAACCCACAUAAAGGACGCCUUUGGGGGGAAAAGAUCGCUUGAGUCUUCAGCCCAUUGGAGAGACCCUGGCCGAGCAACCAGCUGUUGAAAAGGUUAUUUUGUAACAUUUUGUCUAACUUUUUACUUGUUUAAGUUGCGCCUGAAGUGGCAGAUUUUACAUUUUAUGUGCCAUUUUGUUGCUGUUAUUCAAAUUUCUUGUAAUUUAGUGAAGUGAACGACUACCGAUUUCAUUAUUGGCUUGGAUAUUUGAGGUAAAACUUCAUUUUUGUUUAUAUAGUGCUGACUUCUAUUGGAAAUUAAAAUCGAUGGUACCUUGCUGCCUCCAGUUUCAUACUGAGGAAUCAUGCAGCCAUUAUAUGCUGAUAGCUAACUGUCAAAAAGUACUCUCAAUUUUAUCUUGAUUUCUUAAAAGUCCGCAAAACUUCAACUUGAAACUUAUUGUAAAUGCUUUUUUUUUUUUUUUUAAAGAAAGAAAAACUUUGACUUAAAAUAGCAUCAUCAAAUUCAAAUUGGUAGAAAUCUUUUCAGGUGACAGUUGAUAUUUGCAAGGAUUGUUUUAUCAGACUCAAUUCUAAUCUCUUCUCUUAUGUAUUUUUGUGCACUAGGCGCAGUUGUGUAGCAGUUGAGUAAUGCUGGUUAGCUGUUAAGGUGGCGUGUUGCAGUGCAGAGUGCUUGGCUGUUUCCUGUUGUCUCCUGAUUGCUCCUGUGUAACGAUGCCUUGUCGUGCAGAAACAAAUGGCUGUCCAGUUAAUUAAAAUGCCUGACAACUGCACUUCCAGUCACCCGGGCCUUGCGUAAAAAAAAUGGAGCAUACAGUGAGCACAUCUAGCUGAUGAUAUACACACCUUAUUUUUUCCAGAAUGGUAAAGCUUACCAACCUACAUAUAUGAACUUACAUAUGAGAAUUGUAAUGUUAAGCAAAGAAAUGGUUCAUUCCUUUGUAAGUACUGAUUGGUGUAACUUUUGCUUAAGACAUUCUGUACUAUACCCACUGUCUCUGUAGUUAAUAUUAAACAUUUUUUUCUGUGUUAACUUUUCUCAA